AACAAUCUUGUAAAACUUAGUAUACUAUUGACAUUUUUUUCUUCACAUUGAAUUGAAUUUUACAAGUGAAAAGUAAAUGUUUAAAAAUAAUCUAAACUCAAAAGAUUAAUUAUUCAAUAUAAUGUCGGACGAAGUGAAACCAGAAGUAAUUAAAAAGACUCAAGAUUUGCUUGGAAAAUAUUUUAAAAAACCUCCACUCACUGAAAAAUUAUUGAAAAAACCUCCAUUUCGAUUUAUUCAAGACAUUGUUGCUGCAGUAAUUAAGGAAACAGGUUUUCUCGAAGGUUUAUUUAUUAAUGAAGAAUUAAGUGCAAAUAUUUCCAAAGAUAAAGAAGCAAAACUUGCUUUUUUAACAAAACUUAUUGAUAUUAUUAAAUUAAUAACAGGUCUUAAUCUAACAGUACGUGCAACAAAAAUUAUCUCCGGUCAUGAACCAACAAAAACAAAUGAACUAUUGCAGGCAAUUGGAAAAGCAUUAGAUAAAAAAAUUAGCAGUAAAGAAGCAAUUCUUCAUUACAAAAAUCGUAAUGAAAAACAAGAUGGUAAAAAUUCGUUAAAAAAAGAACGAAAUGUUAAAAAAUCAAUUACUGGUACUUCAUCGUCAGUAAAUCAGAAAAAUGUAAAAAAAGAUAUAAGAGAAAAUGAUGGGAGAAAAUUAAAAAAAUCUAAACCACAGGAAGAAAAAAUUGAUGAAAAAAAAGUAAAAUCAAAAGAUAAAAUUGAAACUUCCUCGCAGAAAGUUAGUAAAAUUGAACAGAAUUUGAAUCAAACUCCUUUGGAAAAAACAUCCGAUGUUGUAAUAAAUCCACCUUCUGAAAAAAUUCCCACAGAAAAGCCAAUUGAUGUUCCAAUAAGUCGACCACCUUCGGUAAAAGAAUCUCAAGAUAUUAAAAAUCCUACAAAUGAAGAUAUCAAACCACAAAUAGUUCGUCAAAAGAGUAUAAUUUUAAACACUGAAAAUGUAAUUGAUAAAGAUUUACCAAAAAUUUUAGAUACUCUCAAUAAUACACAAUCUAAUGAGGAAAAAGAUGGUGAAAAUUAUAUGGAAGCACAAAAGAAAAAUGAAAAUAAAAUUAAUUUACCAACACGUGAAAGUACAUUUUCAGCAAAAAGUCGCAAUUGGAUAGAUGCAGGAAGCAAUCCAAUAAAUACUUUUAAUAUUAUCGUUGAAAAUCAAGAAAAAGAAGAGGAAGCAGAAAAUGAUAUGGUCGUUGUUGAAACUAAUAAAGAAAAUUUAUUUAAAUCCUAUCAAGAUAAUGAUAAUAAUAAUGUAACGGAAGAUCAUGGAUAUCUUGUUGCACAAAUUUUAAAAACAGAACAAGAAUUAGUUAAUACAAAUAAUAUUGAUCCUAUUAAUAAAAAAGUGGAAAUUGUAUGGCAAACAGGAGUUUUAAAAGAACGAGAAUCAGCUGUAAAAGCAGUUGGUAAUUUGAGAAAUUUAAUUCAAACAUUAAUUAAAUAUACAAAUCCUUUGGGUAAAGUAUUGGAUUAUUUACAAGGCGAUAUGGAAAUUACAUUGAAAGAAUUAAUGGAUUAUAGAAAACAAUAUGCGUCGGUUAAUGAAUUACUUGAAGAAGAGCGUAUGCAGACGGAAAAAUUUAUGAAUCAUAUGGAAGAAUCAUUGAAUGAUAUUAAAAUGCAUGUUUUUAAUGAACAGAAUAAAAUUCAUCAAAUUAAAAUUAAUAUUUCAAAAAAUGAACAUCAAAUUCAACGUUUAUUAAAUGAUAGUGCCUAAAAAAUUUUGUUGAAACAGUGUGUGAUAUAUAUUUUUUUUAAUUUUAUAAAUACAGUCAAAUCUCGAAACUGAGAUUUUAGAAAAUUUCGCAUUUCUCAAUAUUCGUAAAUGGAAGUUAACAUCUUUUGUGUAAU